CAGCAGAGCCAGCAGCCUCUUCGCCGCGGUGCCCUCGCUGCAGGGACCCGCGGGGACGAGAACGGGAGGCGGCUAGCAGCGCGGCUGGGUUCCCCCAGCUGCCCCGGGCCAAGCGUGGCCCGGACGACCAUGAACCCGCACAGCGGCCGCCGGCUCGGUGCGCGGCCACCCGCCGAGAAGCCCAGUCCUCCCGUGUGCUGACCGGCCCCGCCGCCACCACCGCCUGUGAUCCCGGACGCCGCCGCCUCUGCACCGAGCCGCCCCCGGGCCCCGGCCGCGCUGCUCCGAGGAAGCGGCGGCGGACCGGGGCCGGGGCCCGGCAUGGAUGGCCGCGACUUUGCGCCGCCGCCGCAUCUGCUGUCGGAGCGCGGGAGCUUGGGCCACCGCAGUGCCGCCGCCGCCGCGCGCCUCGCCCCGGCCGGGCCCGCCGCGCAGCCCCCCGCGCACUUCCAGCCGGGAAAGUACUUCCCGUCGCCGCUGCCCAUGGCUUCGCACACAGCCAGCAGCCGCCUGAUGGGAAGUUCUCCGGCCUCCUCUUUCAUGGGCAGUUUCCUCUCCAGCAGCCUGGGCUCGGCAGCCUCCACGCACCCCAGCGGCCCCAGCUCCUCCCCCUCUGAGCAGGCCUAUCGUGGCUCCCACCCUGCCACCUCCCAGAUCUGGUUCUCCCACUCCCACGAAGCUCCGGGGUACCCCAGAUUUUCGGGGAGUCUGGCAUCCACCUUCCUACCCGUGAGCCACUUGGAUCACCAUGGAAACAGCAACGUUCUCUACGGGCAGCACCGUUUCUAUGGAACCCAAAAAGAUAACUUCUACCUGCGCAACCUACCGCCCCAGCCCACGCUGCUGCCGGCCAACCACAACUUCCCCAGCGUGGCCCGGGCCGCCCCUGCCCACCCCACGGGCUCCUGCAGCCGGGAUCGAGACCGGGGCGAGGCUGGCUCCCUGCAGAAGGGCCCCAAGGACUUCGACCGCUUCCUCGUGGGCAAGGAGCUGGGCAGAGAGAAGGCGGGCAAGGUGGCUGAGGGCAAGGAGCGGCCGGCGGCAGAGGAGGACGGUGGCAAGGAGCGGCACAAGCUGGUGCUGCCCGUGCCGGCUGACGGGCACUGCAGGGAGGGUGGCCCCGCACCCCGAGGAGCCUGUGAGGGCCGCUCCAAGCACCUCACCUCCUGCCUCCUCAACACCAAGGUGCUCAAUGGCGAGAUGGGCAGGGCUGCGCUAGCCAGCUGUGCGGGGGGCAUGCUAGGGCGGCCUGGUGCGGGGGUGGCAACCUCUGGGCGCUGUGCGAAGGAGGCAGCAGGCCCCCCGGAGCCCGGGCCGGCCUUCAGCGAGUGCCUGGAGCGGCGGCAGAUGCUACACCACACCGCGUCCUACGCCGGGCCGCCCCCGCCCCUCAGCACGGCCGCUGGCUCCUUCCCCUGCCUGCAGCUGCACGGGGGCCCUGACGGGCUCUGCCCGCUGCAGGACAAAGUCCCCCGGGACCUAAAGGCCAGCGGGCCCACCUUCGUGCCUUCUGUGGGACACCUGGCUGACAAGGGCCGCCCCUUCCAGGCCACUGAGGCCUGCGCUGUGGCAGGGGAGGGCAAGGACCGGCACCUGGAGGGAACCAUGGCCCCCGACCACGCUGCACCCUAUGGAGUCUCCUAUGCCCACCUGAAGGCUGAGAGCAAGGGCGAGCGGCGGCCUGGGGGCUUUGAGGCGGCCCUCAACCCCCGGCUAAAGGGCCUAGACUAUCUCAGCAGCGCAGGCCCCGAGGCCUCCUUCUCUGGACUCUCUAAAGGUGGUCUGGACAAAAGCGGCUACUUCGAGUUGCCCACCUCUUCACAGGACUGUGCCCGGCCUGGUCACCAGGACCCGCUGGGUGGGAAGGCUCCCCAGGCCUGCUGCACUUUAGAUAAGACUGCUGGCAAGGAAGCCCCAGUCGGCCCCCCGGGGGCACAGAAGGUGGCCCGGAUCCGGCACCAGCAGCACUUGGUGGCCCCCGAGGUGGAACAGGGGGGCAUUGGGGCUGAGGCCAAGCGCAAGUCCCUGGAGCUGGCAUCCCUGGGCUACAGCGGGCCCCACCUGCCCCCAUGGGGUGUCCAGGCAGGCCCGGGCACCGCCAUGGCCAUCAGUGAGGAGCGCAAGGCUGGCACCUACCUGGACCCCUUUGGCAGCAGCCUGCAGCAGGCGGCCCUUCUGCCCCAGGAACUGCCUGCACCACCGGACGAGGUCUCGGCCAUGAAGAACCUGCUUAAGUACAGCAGCCAGGCCCUGGCGGUGGGCCAGAAGGCACCCUUGGUGGGCCUGGGCGGCCUCAAGGCCAGCUGCGUCCAGCAGGAAGCAAAGUUCCUGUCCUCUAAGGCCCCAGGCCAGUCGGAGAGGCCGGACUGUGCCCGCAGCCGGGAGCACGACACCAUGCACGGUGACGGGGAGGUGCGGCAGCCUCCUGUGGGCAUCGCAGUGGCCUUGGCCCGGCAGAAGGACACGGCGAGCCGGUCUGAGGCAGCCUACGGCACCAACACUGUGCGGCAGGGCCGGGCCGCCCCCGCUUUCAAAGCUGGCGGUGGGCCCCGUUCCACACACGCGCUGGACCUGGAGGCCGAGGAGGAGAGGACCCGGCUAUGUGAUGACCGCCUGGGACUCGCCGGCCGCGAGCUGCUGCUGCAGGACAGCAAAGACCGCGUAGAGUUCGCCCGGAUCCACCCACCGAGCAGCUGCCCUGGGGACCUGGCCCCCCACCUCAUGAUGCAGAGCAGCCAGCUGGGCGGGGACCCAGCCCCCCACACCCACCCCCAUCCCCCCUGGCUGCCCCGCACCCGCAGCCCCUCCCUGUGGAUGGGGGGGCACUCCUACGGCCUGGGGCACCCUGCCCUGCACCAGAACCUGCCCCCUGGCUUCCCCGCCUCUGUGGCUGGCCCCGUGCCCUCUGUCUUCCCCCUUCCCCAGGAUGCCCCCACGCAGCUGGUCAUCCUGCCCUCAGAGCCCGCACCCCACAGCGCCCCCCACGCACUUGCGGAUGUCAUGGACCAGGCCUCGCUGUGGCCCCCCAUGUAUGGGGGCCGGGGCCCUGCCUCUCACAUGCAGCACCCCGGCCAGCUCCCCGUGUACUCGAGGCCACAGCUCCUCCGGCAGCAGGAGCUCUAUGCUUUGCAGCAGCAGAGGGCCACCCAGUUCCAGCGGAAGCCCGAAGACCAGCACCUGGAUCUGGAGGAGCCCGCCCAGGAGAAGGCCCCGAAGUCCACUCACAAGCCAGUUGCCUUAACCCCCACGGCCCCAGGCGCCCCCUCACCCGCUGCAGGCCCCACCAAGCUGCCACCCUGCUGCCACCCGCCCGCCCCAAAGCCCCCUGCCAGCUGCCCCACCCCACCUCAGCCCAGCGCCCCGUGCACUUUAAAUGUCUGCCCUGCCAGCAGCCCUGGGCCUGGCUCCCGGGUGCCCAGUGCCGAGGAAAAGACUGGGGAGGGUCCGCAGUCCACGGCUGACAUCGUCACGUCCGAACCAGACCUGCCUCCCGGAUACUUGCGCCCCGUGGCUGGCCUGGGCUUCUCCCUACCUUCAGACGUGCACUCUUCUAACCUCGAGGACCCUGAAACUAUGCAAACCGCCACCCUGGGGGCCCAGCCUGAGCCCACAAGGACAUUCCUGCCUGGGGAGCCACCUCCCUGCAGCCCUAGGAGCCUGGAGGAGCCCGGGCUGCUCUCAGGGGCCAGGGAGGCCACCCAGGACCUUGCCGCCACCCCCCACCCUGCCGAGCGGGGACCCCAGGGGAAGGCAGCGGACCGCAGCCCACUUGAGGGGCUACAAGAACUGCAAUGUGGGGUCCUCCUCGAGGCAGGGGGCCCCGAGGCCACCGGCCAGGCUCAUUCUACUCAGGGAGGGGCACGAGAAGAGAGGAGCAGGGAGGAGGGGGAGCAGGAGCCCUCAUCAGGGGCCUCCCCCCAAGUCCUGGAGCAGCAAGCAGGGAGCCCGGGUGCCCUUGAGGACGAGGGAGAGCAGCCGACCCCUGAGGAGGACGAGCUGGAGGAAGAUGAGCUGGGGCAGCAGAGCAUGGAGGACUCAGAGGAGGACUGUGGGGGAGCUCCCAACAACAGCCACCCACCCAGGGCGCUACCAGGCCUGGAUGCCUUGGUGGCCGCCACCAUCGACCUGGGGGACCUGCCCAGCGACAGCGCACCAGACCCUCAGCCCCCAGCAGCCUCUGGGCCCCCCAGCACAGCCCCCCUGCCCCAUAGCUCAGGGACUCAUGGAAUCGCUCUGCUUAGCGAGCUGGCUGACCUGGCAAUCCAGCGGCAGAGGAGUGAGAGGGCUGUGCCAGAGGAGGAAGAGGACGUGCUAGCCUUCAACCUGCAGUACCUGGCCACGCUGGCCACAGCCUGGUCCCUGGUGGAGGCCGCUGGCCUAGACAGCACCACUGUCCCAGCACAGCCACGCACGGCUGACCCCUGUAGCAGCCCCAGGCUCACCCCCCGCAUGCAGAUCCUGCAGCGCAAGGACAUCUGGACCCCCAAGACCAAGCCUGUGUGCCCCCUGAAGGCCGCCAUCGACCGGCUGGACACACAAGAGGUGGGGAUGCGUGUGCAGCUGGCGGAGCUGCAGCGGCGCUACAAGGAGAAGCAGCGGGAGCUGGCCCGCCUGCAGCGCAGGCACGACCAUGAGAGAGACGAGAGCUCAAGGAGCCCUGCACGGCGGGGGCCUGGCCGGCCGAGGAAGCGCAAACACUCAAGCUCACUGCCCGCCCCACGUCCCACGGGGCCGCUCCCCAGGAGCGAUGGCAAGAAAGUCAAGGCGGUGCGGACAAGCCUGGGUCUGCUGUGCGCGGAGCUGCGAGGGGGCAGCGGGGGCGAGCCUGCAAAGAAACGGAGCAAGCUGGAGAGGAGCGUCUACCCAGGCCUGCAGACCGCCUCUGUGGAGAAGGCACAGUGUAAGAAGAGCAGCUGCCAGGACAGGCUGGCACCCUCUGUGGCCCACAGGGUGGCCCAGCUGAAACCCAAGGUCAAGAGCAAAGGGCUGCCCACAGGCCUCAGCUCUUUCCAGCAGAAGGAGGCCACCCCCGGGAGGCGCAUCCGGGAGAAGCUGUCCCGAGCCAAGAGUGCCAAGGUGUCUGGGGCCACACAGCACCCACAGCCCAAGGGCCACAGCAGCCGGGAGACACCCAGGUGCCCAGCCCAGCCCUCUGUGGCUGCGUCCCGGGAGGCAGGCAGUGGCUAUGACAGUGAGGACUGUGAGGGUCUCCUGGGGGCAGAGGCACCACCCAGGGAGGCAGGGCUGCUGCUGCAUGCCGGGGCCAGUGUGGCUGUGCUGGGGCCCUCGCCCUCCUCUGUGGUCAAGAUGGAGGCCAACCAGAAGGCCAAGAAGAAGAAGGAGAGGCAGGGAUUGCUAGGGGCCUGUCGCCUGUCCAGCCCUGAAAGUGAGGUCAAGAUCAAGAGGCGGCCGGUGAAGGCCAAGGUGGGCACCACCCUGGAGCGGGCCUCAGGGCAGAGGCCCCCAGGUGCACUGGGCAAGAAGAAAGCCAAGGGCAAGGCCAAGGGCGGCCUGCGGGCAGAGCCAGGGGCCACCCCCAGCAGGGACACCCUCUUCAGCCCCUCCCGGGCCUUCACCUGCCAUGAGGAGGGCAGCCAGCUGGCCAGCGAACGCCUCAAGAGGGCCACGCGCAAGGGCACGGUGCUGCAGCCAGUGCUGCGGCGGAAGAACGGGGCCCUGUCCAUCACACUGGCUGCACGCAAUGCCAAGGCCAUUCUGGGGAAGGGCCGGAAGCCAAGCAAGGUGAAGCGCAAGGCCGGCAAGCAGGGCAAGGGCCGGGCCGUGAGCCGCCUGCUGGAAAGCUUCGCUGUGGAGGACGACUUUGAGUUUGACGACAACAGCAGCUUCUCAGAAGAGGAGGAGGACGAGGAGGAAGAGGAGGAGGACAGCGGCCCCCUGAGCGCAGAGCAGAGUGCCGCCCUGGCACGCUCAUGUGCCAUCCAUAAGGAGGACCUGCGGGACGGGCUGCCCGUGCUUAUCCCCAAGGAAGACAGCCUGCUGUACGCGGGCAGCGUCAGGACCCUGCAGCCACCCGACAUCUAUAGCAUCGUCAUCGAGGGCGAGCGGGGCAACCGGCAGAGGAUCUACUCACUGGAGCAGCUGCUGCAGGAAGCGGUUCUUGACGUGCGGCCACAAUCCAGCCGGUACCUCCCGCCCGGCACGCGGGUCUGCGCCUACUGGAGCCAGAAGUCUCGAUGUCUGUACCCGGGCAACGUGGUCCGGGGGGCCUCCGGUGACGAAGAUGAGGACCUGGACUCGGUAGUGGUGGAAUUUGACGAUGGGGACACCGGCCACAUCGCUGUCUCCAACGUCAGGCUGCUGCCGCCUGACUUCAAGAUCCAGUGCACAGAGCCCUCUCCAGCUCUGCUAGUGUCUAGCAGCUGCCGGAGGACCAAGAAGGCGUCCAGCGAGGCCCCCCCGCCCAGUGAAGCCGCCACCCCCAGCCUGUCCCCCAAAGCACAGGAUGGCCCUGAAGCUUUGAAGACACCCGGGAAGAAAUCCAUUAGCAAAGACAAAGCUGGUAAAGCCGAACUCCUAACCUCAGGUGCCAAAUCCCCCACGGGGUCCUCCGACCACUUCCUGGGCCGCCGUGGCAGCCCCUUGCUGAGCUGGUCCGCAGUGGCGCAGACCAAGCGGAAGGCAGUGGCAGCGGCCAGCAAGGGGCCGGGGGUGCUGCAGAACCUCUUCCAGCUGAACGGCAGCAGCAAGAAGCUGCGGGCCCGCGAGGCCCUGUUCCCGGUGCACAGCAUGGCCACGCCCGUGUUCGGCAACGGCUUCCGCGCUGACUCCUUCAGCAGCCUGGCCAGCUCCUACGCGCCCUUCGUUGGGGGGACUGGGCCGGGCCUCCCCGGGGGAGCCCACAAGCUGCUUCGGGCCAAGAAGGCCGAGAGGGUGGAGGCCGAGAAGGGUGGGCGGCGGCGGGCGGGCGGCGAGUUCCUGGUCAAGCUGGACCACGAGGGUGUGACCUCCCCUAAGAACAAAACAUGCAGGGCACUGCUUAUGGGGGACAAGGACUUCAGCCCCAAGCUCGGGCGGCCCCUGCCCAGCCCCAGCUAUGCGCACCCCGCCCUUGUGGGCAAGGACAAGAAGGGGCGGGCACCCAUUCCCCCGCUGUCCAUGGGGCUGGCACUGCGCAAGUAUGCGGGCCAGGCAGAGUUCCCACUGCCCUACGACAGCGACUGCCACAGCUCCUUCUCGGACGAGGACGAGGACGGGCCGGGGCUGGCGGCCGGUGUGCCCUCCCGCUUCCUCGCCCGCCUGUCUGUGUCCUCCUCCUCCUCCGGCUCGUCCACCUCCUCCUCCUCAGGCUCUAUGUCCACCUCCAGCCUCUGCUCCUCUGACAAUGAGGACUCGUCCUACAGCUCAGACGACGAGGACCCAGCCCUGCUGCUGCAGACCUGCCUCACCCACCCCGUGCCCACCCUCCUGGCCCAGCCCGAGGCCCUGCGCUCCAAGGGCGGCGGCCCUCACGCGCAUGCCCAGCGCUGCUUCCUGUCCAGGGCCACGGUGGCUGGCACCGGUGCGGGCUCAGGCCCCAGCAGCGGCAAAUCCAAGCUCAAGCGCAAAGAGGCCCUGAGCUUCUCCAAAGCCAAAGAGCUCUCCCGGAGGCAGCGGCUGCCCUCCGUGGAAAACCGGCCAAAGAUCUCAGCCUUCCUGCCCGCCCGGCAGCUCUGGAAGUGGUCGGGGAACCCUACACAGCGGCGUGGCAUGAAGGGGAAGGCCCGGAAGCUGUUCUACAAGGCCAUCGUGCGGGGCGAGGAGACUCUGCGUGUAGGGGACUGCGCCGUCUUCCUGUCAGCUGGCCGGCCCCACCUCCCCUACAUCGGCCGCAUCGAGAGCAUGUGGGAGUCCUGGGGCAGCAACAUGGUGGUCAAGGUCAAGUGGUUCUACCACCCUGAAGAGACCAAGCUGGGCAAGAGGCAGUGCGACGGCAAGAACGCACUGUACCAGUCCUGCCAUGAGGAUGAGAAUGAUGUGCAGACCAUCUCCCACAAGUGCCAGGUUGUGGCGCGCGAGCAGUAUGAGCAGAUGGCCCGGAGCCGCAAGUGCCAGGACCGGCAGGACCUGUACUACCUGGCGGGCACCUACGACCCCACCACCGGGCGCCUGGUGACAGCCGAUGGCGUGCCCAUCCUAUGCUGAGCCGCCCACCGCAGAUGCCUCCCACCUGUGCCAGGGACCCUGUGUGCGGAGCCUGGCAUCAGCCAAGCCGCCGGGCAGGAGGCAGCCCCAGCCUCCCAGGGGCGAGUCUGAGCAAAUAUGCAAAAGCCCACAGGGCAAGACCAGGCUUUCUCACGGUUUUCCCUGGAAAGAGCGUUCCAGGUGUCGGAACCCAGUCCUGUCCCAUCCGCUGCGGAGGGUCGGGCUGUGGCCCUGAUGGGUCCCUGGCCCGCCCCACCCACAGCACCCUCCGUUUCCCGCACCGGCAGUUCACGGGAGAUUCGAAUCCAAGCCAUAUUCCCUAGUACCUCCGACUGUCUCCCACCAGGGAAAGCAGAAAUCAGGUGUGUUGUCUAUUUAUUCCUCUAUGUAAAUAUUGUAUUUCUGCGGGGAAGUUUUAUGGAAAAAAGUGGAAAAGGGUUUUUCCCCAUCCGCGUGACAAGGUGUGUGUGAGUGCGCCUGUGUGUGUGUGCGUGUGUGUGGCGAUUUUUGUCCUGGGGUUUCCUUUAGAAAUGCACUGUUCUCAGCCCAGCUGGGUUCCAAUGGGGGCACCUGGGAUGACAGAGGCAGCUCGGGGCAGGGGGCAGAGGCCACGGGAGGGUCAGGUGGGACCCUUGGUGGCACCCUCCAAUCUCUUGGGACAACCGUGUAAGAUGAAAGUCAGUCGAGUUUAUUUGCUUUCAGUGUGUCUCCUAGAAAAGAAGUGUUAGAGCAGGGGGUGGUGAUGAGGGGCCUGUAGGGAAAGAAGAAUUCAAUAGGCAAAGCCCAGACCAGGGAGUGUGACGGCAGCCGUGUGCAUCUCACCUCUGUUUAAAACAAGACAAAGACGAACAAAUGUUUUAAAGUAUGGAUAAGAAAAAACGAUGUUUGGAUUGUAUUUCCUGAAUCAUACUCCAACUUAUAUCUGAUUUCUGUUUCCGGGGCCAGUUGGUCUGAGGCCAAGGAGUCUGGCCUCCACCCAGAGCAGGGAGGGGCUGGCCCCUCGCCCCCCUCACCCUCGCCGCCCUGGCACACUCAGGAAGCAAGGCCCAGCUCUGAGCCCUCCUCACCCCUGGGGUCUUAACUUUCCUGAAAGUAGCAGGUGCCGCGUGAAGGGGCAGCUUGGCCAGGAUCCUGAACUGGGCAGGGCUCUGGGCCUACGAGGGCAGGUUUACAGUCCAGCCAGAUUGUCUCCUCACCCCCGAGCAGAGUGCAUGCAAAAGACACCCCUUUUCCCACCCACCUUAUCGGUGCCCCCAAACCCCUGGCCUGCUGGGUAGAUGGUGGUGAGGCCAGGCCAGCAGUGCUGUGGCCAAGGGAGAAGAAAAUAAAAUGCCGACUCUGCCCCACGGCCCACCCCAAGCAGGGGAAGGCCCCUUCCUGGGCCCCCUUUUCCACCAGCCAAGUCUGCCUGGUCCUCAGACCCCUCUGCCUGCCCCGGUGCCUUUAGAGGUUUCUUGGUCUUUUCAGUGCCACUCGGUGGGGCAGAUGGCCUGAUGGGUGUGCUCGGGGCAUAGAAUAAGGGUCCCUCUGACCACCCGAACCCACAUCCUGGCCCCUGGUGCAAGGAGCACCCCUCGGGGGCUCUACCCCAGUAUCCCAGGAGAAUUCACAUCCCUCCGCUUCUCCCACAGCCCAGGAUACAUAGGGGGGCUACCUGGACCUGAGCCCAACAGCCUUCAGCUGCAGAAAUGCAUGGGGGACCACGUACUCCCCGUGUCCUCCCACACCAAGAUUCCCCUGGCCCCCACGGGAGCUUCAGGAAAGCCCCCCCAAGUUAGCCACUGCUCUAGGACAAGCUCUGUGUCACCCACACACCACAGGCCUCGGAAGCAGGGGUGCUGGUGGGUGCCCUGCGCUCUAAUCCCAGGUCUCCUUGGUCCCCCUAUUUUUCUUGGGCCCAUUGGGGCCUGUUUCUCACCUGCUGGGCGGACCCCCUGAAGGGCCAUUCCCGAAGGCUCCCCAGGAAGCUCAAGGCUGGGGGCUUACGUUGUGGUCAGGGGUCCCUGCCCCCAGCUCCCCGCUCCCACCCCCGAGCCUAGGCUUUGUCUCACAUGAGUGCAAUAUUUCAUUCCCGGUGGUCGUCUGGGGAGGUGGUUGUACGAGGUCCUGCUCGAGGCUCGGGGAUCAGAACAAUGUCAAGUGAAGAAACACGCUGGGGGCACACCGAGCCACUGGAGUUCAGGGAAGGCAGAGGAGGGCGCGGCCACGGAGGUCGGAUCCUCUGCUCGGCCGCCUCGUCCUCGUCCCGCUUCUGCUGGGUUCCGCUUUGUCCCUUGUUUUUUCUUUUUUUCCUUUCUGUGUGCGUGCGGUUGGUGUGGCCCCUCCCCUCUCGCCGUGCUUAACGUGACGAAAGCACGAUUCCUGUAAAUGUGUAAACUAAGGGGAUGGUUGGAUUUUUUUUUUCAAUGUAAACACUAAAAACAAAAUGGACAAAAAAACACACAAAGGUUUUAUGAACAGCAGACUAUGUAAAGGCAUUUUAGUAUCAAAUUUUUUAUUGAUAACUUGCUUAAGAAUAAAUAUAUGGACGAUUGUACAGGU